AUGAGAAGAAUAGAGAAAGUCAAAGAAAAAAGUCCAUUUUUAAGAUCCAUAUUGCUUUUUUUUCCUUCACCUCGUAAAACGGAACCACGAUUUUGUUUUCCUUUAAGGUUCUUCUUCUUUCUGGCUGCUUAUAUUUUAAUGAUUUUAUAUAUCGCUUAUUUGUCAUAUCAAAAUAUCAAUCAAAACCCUCAGAUAGAAAUAUUUAUUGACAAUAAUGCAGAAAUAUAUGCCCCCAUCGUUUACUUGUAUGCAUCAUUUAAAUUAAAUGUCAAUUGUUCCUAUGUUGAUUCAAACGGCAAUUUAUUCAAUUCUGAAGAUUGUACGCCUCGUUUAAAAUCUGAGCAAACUACCGAAGCAUCAUCUACGACUUACUCAACUAUUUUUCGACGAGAUGAUUUUAAUAUACCGGAAGGUGGCAUUUAUUUUGAUAUAUACACAGUUGGAAAUAUCACCGAUGAUGUAUAUUUAAACUUACUUCAUAUCGAUUACGAAUCAGAAAUUGCAAGUAUAAAGGGUACCCAAAAAAACCAAGAUCUUCAAAGCAAGUUACUUACUAAAAAUUUAAAUGAAAAUUUUUAUGUACUUUCACCGAACAAGAGUAAUUUAAUACUUUUUGAAAGCGUCCGUCAUGAAGAUCUUGAUGGAUAUUCGAUUUUGAGCAAAUUCAGAAAAAUAAAAUACCAUGCUGUUGUAUCCCGACACGUGAUUAAAAGUUAUGGGGGUCAACCAAACUCUUCAUUCUAUGGUGGCUUACAAGUAAUGAAUCAGUCAAGUAUUGAAAUCGUUCAGCAGCAAACAUGGAAUUACGACGUCCCAAGUAUACUUAGUGCUAUUGGCGGUGCAUGGGCUAUCGCCACGGCCACUUAUCUCUUUUUAUUUGGUGUUGAUUCAAAUUCCGCACUGGGUGUUCCACGAGCAAUAUGGAGGUCAUAUCGUAAAAGAAAAGAGGUCAAGUUAAAUCCUGAAAAGAUGGGAAUUCUGUUAGAAGAUUAUCUGGUCGAUAUUGACGAGGUUAUCUUUCAUAAUACUCCAGAAGGUGAUAAUGAUGCUUCAGAAGGUGACAAAGAUACACACGGAUAA